GUUCUCAGUGGUGCGGCCGGCGGGAGGCUAUGGCGGCCGUACGGGGCCUGCGAGUGUCGGUGAAGGCAGAGGCCCCGGCGGGGCCGGCUCUAGGGCUCCCGUCGCCUGAAGCGGACUCUGGUUUGGAGCGUGGCGAGCCGGAGCCCAUGGAAGUGGAGGAGGGCGAGCUGGAGAUUGUGCCGGUGCGGCGCUCGCUGAAAGAACUGAUCCCGGACACAAGCAGAAGGUAUGAAAACAAGGCUGGCAGCUUCAUCACCGGAAUUGAUGUCACCUCCAAGGAAGCAAUUGAAAAGAAAGAACAGCGAGCCAAGCGCUUCCAUUUUCGAUCAGAAGUAAAUCUUGCCCAAAGAAAUGUAGCCUUGGACCGAGACAUGAUGAAGAAAGCAAUCCCCAAAGUGAGACUGGAGACAAUCUACAUUUGUGGAGUAGAUGAGAUGAGUACCCAGGAUAUCUUUUCCUAUUUUAAAGAAUAUCCUCCUGCUCACAUUGAAUGGUUGGAUGAUACCUCCUGCAAUGUGGUUUGGCUGGAUGAAAUGACAGCCACACGAGCCCUUAUCAAUAUGAGCUCUCUGCCAGCCCUGGAUAAGAUAAGAACCAGGGAUGCCAAUGAGGACAGGUCAUCUGAGAAAAGUAAAAAAGACAAGCAGGAGGACAGUUCAGAUGAUGAUGAGGCUGAAGAAGGAGAAGUUGAAGAUGAGAACUCAAGUGAUAUAGAGUUGGACACAUUGUCUCAAGUAGAAGAAGAGUCUCUGCUAAGAAAUGAUCUUCGUCCAGCCAACAAACUUGCUAAAGGAAAUAGGUUAUUCAUGAGAUUUGCUACAAAAGAUGACAAAAAGGAACUUGGAGCAGCCAGAAGAAGUCAGUAUUAUAUGAAAUAUGGGAAUCCAAAUUACGGAGGCAUGAAAGGAAUUCUUAGUAAUUCUUGGAAGCGAAGAUAUCAUUCCCGUCGCAUUCAGCGGGAUGUGAUCAAGAAGAGAGCCCUGAUUGGGGAUGACGUUGGCUUGACAUCCUAUAAACACCGACAUUCCGGACUAGUAAAUGUUCCAGAGGAACCCAUUGAAGAGGAAGAAGAGGAGGAAGAAGAGGAGGACCAGGACAUGGAUGCAGAUGACAGGGUGGUGGUGGAGUACCAUGAGGAGCUCCCAGCUCUCAAGCAGACCCGGGAACGGAGCACAUCUAGGCAGUCCAGUGCCAGCAGUUCAGACUCCGAUGAAAUGGACUAUGAUCUAGAACUGAAAAUGAUUUCCACUCCUUCACCAAAGAAAAGCAUGAAAAUGACCAUGUAUGCUGACGAAGUGGAAUCUCAGUUGAAAAAUAUUAGGAACUCCAUGAGGGCAGAUACUAUAUCCACAAGCAAUAUCAAAAACCGAAUUGGUAACAAAUUACCAACUGAGAAGUUUGUAGAUGUCCGACAUCUGUUAGAUGAAAAACGUCAGCACACACGUCCACGGCCACCAGGCAGCAGUACUAAGUCAGAUAUACGCCAGCGGUUAGGAAAAAGACCGUAUUCUCCAGAAAAGGCUUUUAGUAGUAAUCCAGUCUUUCGGAGAGAGCCUUUUUCUGAUGUACAUAGUAGGCUGGGUGUUCCCAGACAAGAUGUUAAAGGCCUCUACUCUGAUACACGGGAGAAGAAAUCAGGUAGUUUAUGGACGCGCUUAGGAUCUGCACCCAAGACCAAAGAAAAGAACACAAAGAAGGUGGAUCACAGGGCACCAGGCACUGAGGAAGAUGACUCUGAGCUGCAAAGGGCAUGGGGGGCUCUGAUAAAGGAGAAAGAACAGUCUCGCCAAAAGAAGAGCCGGUUAGAUAACUUACCAUCUCUCCAGAUUGAAGUUAGUCGGGAAAGCAGCUCUGGUUCAGAGGCAGAGUCCUGAUGCCCUUGGGGCUAAUGGCAGCUGCCCUAAAAUCUGACAUUCUCAUGCAGGGUUGGGUGCACAGUAGGAACCUUUCCCCUCCCACCCCCCACAGGAGUUGGCGCCCCUCCUGCUCCUACACAGUCACCCUCAGCUCUUGCUGCUUCAGCAAGACAUGUUAAGAAUGUGACAUGUUUUGAAGGGCAUCUAUCUAUCUUUUGCUGCAGAGUAAGAGUUCUGGGCCCUCAGUUCUUUCCCCACUACCCCACAAGCUUUACCCUUUGAGGAGAAGGCAGCCCUCCAGAUUUUGUAGACGUUUUUCUUAAUAUUUUUAACAUUGUGUCUUUUAAAGAAAUGUUUUACACAGUUCAUCCAAAGAGCAGAGAACUGAACUUCUCACUAUUGCCUUGGCCCUGACAGCUGUUACCAGCACCCUUUUCCCAAGAAAAGUCAAUUCCCAGGUGCUUAUUGGACAGCCUUCGAGGGGGAAGAUGAGGGAAGCUGCCAGCUCACCCUUCCGGGACCCUAGUGUGGGGGC